AUGGCGCUCCGAAACUUCUACGCUCCCGAGUCCUCCUUCACUCCUCUCUUCCGGCUCCUGGAGGACUUCGACAACUACACCCGCGAAAACAGCGACAACCAGAGCUCCACCCGCCGCACCAUCGCCCACUGGCAGCCCAAGUUCGACGUCCGGGAAACCGGCGAGGCCUAUGAGCUGCACGGCGAACUCCCUGGCGUGAACAAGGAGGACGUGACCAUCGAGUUCACCGACGAGCAGUCCAUCCAGAUCCGCGGCAAGGUCGAGCGCACCUACACAGCCGGCACUCCUCCCGCCGGUGCCAUCACUGAAUCCGGCGAGAAAGAGAACAAGGAGGCUUCCGACAAGAGCCAGGUCGCCAAGUCCGGCUCGCCCAAGCAGAAGCCCGCUGACUCCGCCAAAUACUGGCUCACUGAGCGCAGCGUUGGCGAGUUCUCCCGCUCCUUCAGCUUCCCCAACCGUGUCAACCAGGAUGGUGUGACGGCUAGCUUCAAGGAUGGCAUCCUCAGCGUUGUCGUCCCCAAGGCUGCCAAGCCCGAGCCCCGCCGCAUCACCGUCUCUUAA